CAGAGAUGAAGACCAUCCUGCUGCUCCUUGCUGCCCUGGCUGUGGCCGUGGGACCAGCCUGGGCUCUCCGCUGCCAUGUGUGCACCAGCACCACCAACUGUAAGCAGCCACAGACCUGCUCGGCCAGCUCGAACUUCUGUAGGACCAUGACCACAGUGGAGCCUCUGUCGGGGAACCUGGUGAAGAAGGACUGCGUGGAGUCGUGCACACCCACCUACACCCAGCAAGGCCAGGUCAGCAGUGGCACAAGCAGCACCCUGUGCUGCCGGGGCGACCUGUGCAAUGAGAAGCUGUACAACUCGGUGCCCGCCCGGGCCCCACUCGCCAGCACUGCCCUUGGUCUGGGGCUGGCCCUGGGCCUGCUUGCUCUCCUUUUAGCCCCCAACCUUUGACCCCCCCAGAGAAGGGCUCUCAUCCCUUUCCCUCCCUUUCCUAGGGAUUCACAGCCCCUCCCUAGCCGUGAUGGGAGUGCAGAUGCCCUAGUCUCCCUGGAAGGCCUGGGGCUGGGCCCUGGAGCGCUAGUGACUUGAGGCCGUCCCUCAGGGUGAGAGGAGGCAGCCCCCAGCAGCAUGGAGGGCAGAGGACAGAAGUCAUUCUGGUCCCUUUUGAUUUUGUAUUCAUUCUGUUUGUUUACUGUUUCUUUUUCUACUCAA